GGAAAUAUUGGUGUAGCACUGUAGCUAAGUUCAGUUAGCAUCAGCACAGCAGUAACUAAAUGUUUACGUUGACAUUACGUUUUUCUCAAAGUGGUUACCCGUUUACUUGUUUUGCUUACUAGUGGCUUUGAUAUAAGCCAGUUUGUGGUCUGUUUUAUUUUCUCUCCAGUUGUUGGGGACAUGCUAAGUUGGCUAACUUAACAGUCUGUCUGACACUGGGCAUUGACCACUUCUGUCACACGACUAGAAAAGCGCACCAGGGUGACAGUGAUGGAGGUGGAGGACUUCGUUUCCAAAACGCUGGAGCUCCUUCAGGAGGAGCGAGAAGCUGAAAUCGAGGAAACCAGGCUUCUGCAGGAGAAUGUCUCCCUAAAGCAUCUGCAGCACAAAGGCGUGUGCCUACUGAAGCUGCAGAUCGGCAGCCAGCGCACAGGCCUGUAUGGCCGCCUGCUCAUCAUCCUCGAACCCAGGAAGAGUAUUGGACCUUCAGUGCUGCCCAGCAACAGCUUUGGUCCAGGUGAUAUAGUGGGCCUGUAUGAUGCUGAGGGGUGCAGCCAGAUGUCCCAGCUGGGCACAGGAGUGGUGACACGAGUGACCCAGUCUUCCGUCGCCGUGGCUUUUGACGAGUCACAGGAUGGCCUCAACCUGGACAGCGACGGACUCUUUAACAUCAUGAAGGUGGCCAAUGAUGUCACCUACAAGAGAUUGACACGUGCCUUGAAUACGCUGAAUGGAUACGGCAGUGGGCCAGCCUCUCAUCUUAUCAGUGUUCUCUUUGGCUACUCUCAGCCCUCAGAGCUUUCACAGCCAAAUGAUUUAGAGUUUUAUAAUGCUGGACUGGACAAGUCUCAGCGUGAGGCAGUGACCUUUGCCCUGAAGCAGAAGGACCUGGCGGUCAUCCACGGACCCCCUGGGACAGGCAAGACCACCACUGUGGUGGAGGUGAUCCUGCAAGCUGUUAAACAAGGGAGCAAGGUGCUGUGCUGUGCCCCCUCUAACGUGGCGGUGGAUAACCUGGUGGAGCGGCUGGCGCAGAACAAGGCCAAGGUGCUGCGGCUGGGCCACCCCGCCCGUCUCCUGGAGACCAUCCAGCAGUACUCCCUGGACGCCAUCCUCGCCCGCAGCGACGCCACUGACAUCAUCGCCGACAUCCGCAGAGACAUGGACAAGGCUUUGGGUGAGCUGAAGAAGACUCGGGACCGAGGCAGCAGGGCGGCGAUGAAGAGAGAGAUGGGGGAGCUGAGGAAGGAGCUGAGGGCCAGGGAGGAGGACUCCACCAAGCAGAUCCUCAAGGGCGCCAGCGUGGUGCUGGCCACCAACACAGGAGCGUCUGCGGAUGGGCCGCUGAAGCUGCUGCCAGCGGACCACUUUGACGUGGUGGUGAUCGAUGAGUGUGCCCAGGCACUGGAGGCCAGCUGCUGGGUCCCGCUGCUCAACGCCCGCAAGGCCAUCCUGGCCGGGGACUACAAGCAGCUGCCACCCACCAUCAAGUCUCGCAAGGCGGCCUCCAAGGGUUUGUCGCUGAGCCUGAUGGAGCGGGUCGUCCAGCGGUACGGUGAUGUCGUGGUGCGGAUGCUGACGGUGCAGUACCGCAUGCACAGCGCCAUCAUGCAGUGGGCCUCGGACCAGAUGUACCAGGGCAGGCUGACCGCUCACGCCUCUGUGGAGAAGCACCUGCUCAAGGAUCUGAUAGGGGUGGCCAGUGUGGAGGAGACCAGCAUGCCACUGCUGCUCAUAGACACAGCGGGCUGUGGCCUCCAUGAGAUGGAGGACACCGAUGAAGUGUCCAAGGGGAACCAAGGAGAGGCAGAUAUUGUUGCUAUGCAUAUUAAAGCCUUGACUGAGGCCGGCCUGAAAGCAAAAGACAUCGCUGUGAUUGCUCCUUACAAUCUUCAGGUUCACCUUCUGAGGCAGAGGCUCUCCCAGACGCACCCUGAGCUGGAGAUCAAGUCAGUGGACGGGUUCCAGGGCAGAGAGAAAGAGGCCGUGGUGUUGUCCCUGGUCAGAUCCAACCGAAAGGGCGAGGUUGGGUUUCUGGCGGAGGACCGAAGAAUCAACGUGGCCGUGACUCGAGCGCGGCGCCAGCUCACGGUGGUGUGUGACUCUCAGACGGUGCGGAACCACGACUUCCUCAAGUCGCUGGUGGACUACAUGACGGAGCACGGCGAGGUGCGCACCGCCUUCGAGUACCUGGAGGACGUGGUGCCCCAGAACUACGUCCGCGACCCCAAAGAGGGCUCCAAACAGCCCCCGUCAGCUAAGCAGAAGGGCGAAGGGGAGCCGAGCAAGGGGAAGGGGACGGAGGCGAAAGGCGAGCCGGGGAGGAGGCACGAGGCUGGGGGGAAACCCAAAGGAAGGGACACCCAGGGGAAAGCUCCAGGCUCGAAGCCUGGCAGGCCCGGAGACGAGAACCAGAAUCAGAACCGAGACCCGGCCCAGGAGCAGAGGAAGCAGGACGACAUACGGCAGCGGAUCCAGAACUUCCUGCGGGACGCGGGCCAGACGGAGCUGAGCUUCCCCGCGUCCCUGAACUCUCACGACCGCCUGCUCGUCCACCAGAUCUCCGAGGAGCUCGGGCUCAACCACGAGAGCCAGGGCGAGGGCAAGGACCGCCACAUCACCGUGUCCAGACCGCCGGCCGGGCCUCAGGAACCCCAGGAACCCUCCUCAGAGGGGGCAGGGGAACCAGAACCACAGCCGGACCAACCGGCCGAUGUAGUGACUCCUCCUGACCAGCAGGGGGCAGCAGCUGCAGGUGGUGUGGACCUGAAGAACCUGCACCUGGAGCGCAUGAGGAGGGAGCAGCAGAAGAGGGAGGAGAAGGCCAAGCUGAACCAGCAGCAGCAGCAGCAGCAGAGGGGAGCCAUAGCAGCUGCAGCAGGGAACAGCCAGCAGGGCAAGAAGGGGAAGGGAGCAGCCAAGGGUAAGAACCGCACAAAAGCAGGGGCCACAGACAUCGCGGCGGCCGCGACCGCGGACAGCGACUUUGACGCACUGAUCGACGCGGUGGUGAAGGCUGAGCGUGUGUGUAGCUUCGUGAAGUGCAAAGCUAGCGUGCUAAUGCUAGGACAGCUCUGCAUCCACUGCAACAGGCAGUUCUGCCUCAGCCAUCACAUCCCCGAGGUCCAUGGCUGUGGGGACAAGGCCAAGAGCCACGCCCGCAUGCGCAUCAGCAAAGAGGGGGUGCUGUACGCCGGUAGUGGACAGAAGGACAAAUCCAUGGACCCCAACAAGAAAGCCUACCUGCAGAGGAAACUGGACUCCAAGCUCAAAGACAUGUCUACUCAGAGGAAAACUAAAGCCAAAGAGAAAGAGCCUCAACGAUGAGGAGCUUUUUGGGACGUAUGAUCGCAUGUGUGUGUCGCUGCUGUGUAAAAAGACACAAGUUGAUAAAUAAAUUAUUUUUAGUGUA